ACCCAGUCACGACCGUGUUAGUGUCAGGUCGCAGUGUAUCACGUGACCCCAUGUGACAGUGAGUGAUGACGUCACUGUGUAGCAAGGAUAUGGCUCGCAGGUCCGGCUACUGUCUGGUCAUAGGUGCCCUGCAAAUCGUCACCAUCAUGUGUCAAGCAUUAACGGACGAGCCUAAGUUUGUGGAGCCAAUUCCCAACGUGACCGUGCCUGUAGGGAGAGACGCAUCCCUUCCGUGUGUUGUGGAAAAUCUCGGAACUUACAAGGUUGCCUGGAUUCACAUAGACAGACAGAUGAUACUCACGAUUCACCGACACGUGAUCUCCAGAGUGCCGCGGUUCAGUGUGUCUCAUGACAGUCAGAAAACGUGGCUGCUUCACGUCACCGGGGUUCAGCAGGAGGACAGGGGUUACUAUAUGUGCCAGGUCAACACAAAUCCUAUGAUAAGCCAAGUCGGCUAUCUUCAAGUUGUCGUGCCUCCCAACAUAAUAGACGAGGACAGUACGACCUCUGCAGUUGCGGUAAGAGAAAACCAGAACAUCAGUCUCGUGUGCAAAGCGGAGGGGUUCCCAACACCUAAGAUAAUGUGGAGGCGGGAGGACAGCAAUCCUAUUACAAUAGAUAGGAAAAAGAAAGGAGUUGUAACAGUAAACGUGUUCGACGGGGAGCAACUGAACCUUACAAGAAUCACAAGAAACGAGAUGGGGGCAUAUUUAUGUAUUGCUACCAACGGAGUUCCUCCUUCAGUCAGCAAAAGGAUCAUUGUAGAUGUUGAGUUCUCGCCAAUGGUCUGGGUACCCAAUCAGCUGGUCGGCGCUCCUGCAGAGACCAACGUCACGAUAGACUGCUACACGGAAGCGUACCCUCGAGCCAUCAGCUAUUGGGUCUACCAGAAUGUGAUGCUGUUGCCCACUAGCAAGUACACAACAGAGACCUCCGAGAACAGUUACCGGGCGACUAUGAAACUUACCGUCCACAACCUACAGCCCCGGGACUAUGGAAACUACCGGUGCAUCUCAAAAAACUCGCUUGGGGAGACGGAGGGCUCGAUACGAUUGUACGAGAUACCGAGACCAUCGUCUCCUCCAAAAGCUACGAAAGUUGUCAGUGGAGCAACGAAGGAAGGCAAGGGAUGGCGGAACAACUCGCGUCUCCUGCACUCCACCCCAACGAUACCCUCCCCCGUGGAGUCUAGCCUCCACCCCGAGUCCUCCCAAGCAGGAAUGCAUCGGAAAGAGACGCCUUACCUACUGCUAUCAUCAUGGAUCAUCCUCGUGCUAUCCCUAUACCAUUACUAAGGCUCACUCAUUGACACCCAGCACAUGUUCAUCGUCACGCGACAUUGCUCUUGUCGACCUGUGUUUUAUAAACUGUAAAUAACUUGUACAAUCUAAACAAUAAUGAACCGUUAAUGUUCCUAAAUUUUCUAUAAUUUUUAUUUAAGCCAUUUGGCAUUAAGAGGACCAAAAUUUAGUUCAAACAAAUAAAAAAUUGCGUAGCUCCGAAAAAAACAUGAAAUUCAAGAAUAAACUACAAAUCACAUACUUUAAAAAGCAAUAUAGUAUAAAAUACUGCCAGACAUUUUUUUAUUUAGAGAUGAAGUAAAUUUAUGCUAUCAGAAAACAAAACGCCUUAAAUAUGUUUUAGCUAGAUAAUAUUAUUAAUUUAACACUUUGAUAUAUAUAUAUAUGUACUUUGUCAACUGUUUAUUAAUAAAGAUAAACGAAGAUUAGACUAUAUUUAUUCUAAAUACCAAUUAACUAGAAGGUUUUUAUUUAAACGUCCUAAAACGCGUAAAAUAUAGGACUAAAUUUCAUUUAAAAAUAUUUUAUACAAAAAUUAAAUAUUUAGUUGAUUUUUAGUUCUUAAAUGCAGAAAAUCGAAAUUUAUAGAAAUCCAGAUUUUUGUCAAUGAAUGAAAUUGACUUAAACACCAACACACUCUAAAACUAAUAUUAAAACAUUAUCAAGGAUCUGAAAGACUAUUAAAUAUGUCAUCAAUACAUAUCAGUAAAACUAUGCGUAUCAAAAACUAAUACAUCAUUUUUUGAAUAGUAUGUGAUAAAUUGUAUACAUUUAGUUUUUUUAUCAAAUAAUAUCAUCAACCUUCAACACUUUCGUUAGUUGAUUGUUACUUUAAUGAUUGUAAAAUAUUAAACUUAAGGUUUUUAAAAGUCAUUGUACAUAGCUUAUUUUAUAGCUGUUUUAGGAAUUUAGAGAUCUUCUUUAUAAAUGAUCUAUAAGAUUCAUUCAUGCCAUAUGUCCUUGGUUAUCAAAGAUUCAAAAACUUUUAACGUUUAUAAAUUCGCUUUUAAAUAAUUUUUAAUUCAUUUUAAAAUUGUUAAAUGUUUGUUAUUGAUACAUUUGAUCUGUUUUAUUUGUAAAUUAAAGGGCAUUAAAGUAAUACGCUUUUGUUUCCAACAGAUUCAAAAAUUUACUAAUAUAUAAUUGUCUCUCUAGUCAUUUUAUAAACAUAUGUAUUAGAAUUAUUUAUACUUAAUUUAGAAUUUUAUUUUUGUAUCGAAAGUUGUUAUGGUUACAUCAUAAAAAGCUGUCAUAUUAUAUGCGAAUGUGCUUUUGAAAAAUAUAUAAAGUGGAACCUUUUGAGACGUUAAAUCAGGUCGAAAAUCUAGAUAGUAGAUCGAAAGUGCUAAGACAUCAUUUUGGAAUACUGAAAAUCAUUUAAAUAAUCAUAUACAUUAUAUGUUGUGGUCGAUUAAUACCAGUAUUGUUUAAUAAUUACAUUUUAAUACAGGUUUCAAAAAAUAAUAUAUUGAAUUUAUUAACUAACCGUAUGUGAUUAAAGGCAUAUAUUAAUUUUUAUCAACGCUUACAAAACAUUAAUAUAUUAAGAUUUUGUAAUUUAUUCUAUUUUACUUUCCUCACUGUCAAAUUCCAAGCUUAAAGUUUCUAACUGUUUUUGUAAAUAGCUUGUUUCAUAGCUGUUGUAGGCAUUAGAAAUUGUUCCGUUCGAACGGACUAUCAAAUGCAUUAUAUUAUAUAUCUUGGACUGUAUAAGUUUUUAGCAUUAGAAUUAAUUUUCUAUUGUAUUGUUUAGUAGACACUUUUCAAAUCAGAUUGAAACCUCAUGUUGUGGACAUAACAAUUAUUGCAUUUAUUUGAAGCUACUCAGUUUAAGAGUAUAAAUAAAAUACAAAUAACUUUGUUUGUUAAUAAUAUACCAGGUUUACAAACUUUAUGCAACCGUUUACUAUAAUUAUUCAGAUAUAUCAAUACAUAAUUAUCAGUUGUAUAUGGUUUACAAAAUAUCUCCGACGAAGAAAAAAGAUUUUAAAAACCCCAAUUUGAGACGUAUUACAAAGAAGUGAAUGUAAGUAAAUUUGUUAUUACUUUUUUAUCAUUUCAUAAUCAGAAUAAAGAAAUUGCUAACGGAGGUAAACUUGGAUAUUCAGCUGUUAUUUAUCUUUUUAAGUAUCUCCCCUUCUUGUAUAAAUGUAAAUUUAAUUUAUUAAAUAUGUAAAUACAUCGAACACGUGUUGUAAUAAUAAUUUGUGAAUAAACAUAAUGUUGCUAA